AUGGACACUGCUGCUAUCCCGCCAGACAAGCAACCCCCGCCCACCGCCGACACACGACCUUCGCAACCCGCCGACGACCCAUCGCACCCGGAUCCUCCGACUGACGCACUCCCACGCUCACUCGACUCGCACCGCAGGCCACCCAGCUCAGCGGGCUCACUCGCAGCCGCCCCGGCCAUGUCUGCCAGCGAGUCGGUCGACGGGCACGAAGCGGGUCUCGAGGACCGAGGCGAGCGGGAGGAUGAGGGGUCGAGGAGUGCCGAGGAAGGCGACACGGGCCGAGGGAGCGGGAGCGGGAGUGGGAGCGGGACGUCACCCGGCGUGAAAGAGGACAGCGGGGGUGCAGGGAACGAGACAGACGUCGAGGACGAGGACGGCGCAGGCGAAGACGACUCGCUCUCUCCUCCUCCGCCCCUCGCUCCAGCUGGACGCGGCGGCGGUGCGACGAUGUACCCUUUCCCCUCGACGAGCACCCACCACCGCCGGCCAUCGAGCCUCGAGGGGGAAGUCAUGUCCUCCGCAACGUCGAGUUCGUCCCUCGAUUCCUCCGAACGACGCCUCAUCGGCGAACCCCUGCACAAAGGCGCUCGGCUGCGCAGCCACGUCCCGCGUCUCAGGCGCAUCGGCGCGCUCGGUAUCUCUGUCCACUCAGACUCGGACCCUGACGACCCAAACAUCUCGGGACUCGACUCGUUCGACCGCUGGGUUGAACCGACGGCGGAUUCGUCGACGGGCGAUACGCGAGCGACUGACCUGGGUAUCAGCAGUAACGAGUUGAGGACGAGCGGGGGAGGGGCGAGUCCGUCCAAGAAGGCGAGGAAGCGCAGGAUCGUUGCGGACGCUACGUUCCGAGGGAUCGUGGACGAGCUGGCCGUGCAGAACCGCGAGCUGCGCGACCGCCUGAAGCGGUACGAGGCAGAAGGCGUCCCGACCGACGUCAAGCAGGACCGGCUCUUCGAGAUCCGCUUCUUCGACGCGCUCCCGCCGGAGAAACGCUUCGAGUUGGAGGACUACCUCACGCGCUACGUCCAAGACUACGUCCGCGGCGACACUCCCUCUCUCGCCGACGGGCCCCUCUCCGCCCUCCCCUCGCACCUCCACCCCUCCAACAUCGAAGACCCCACCCUCGCCGGCCCAAGCAACUCAGGCCUCGAGCCCGUCUCACUCAGCGGGACAGGCUCGUCGAUGCGUCUCCCGCCUUCGCACCCUCACCUCCCGACACUCAAACCGACCGCCUCGUCGCAUCCCGCACCGAUCACUUCACCCGGCGAAGAGACGAAAGCGCGCGAGAUCGUCUCGGCGCUCGAAUCGCUCUUCCAGCAAUCCCUCUUGCGGACCCUCCAAACCCGCAAUCCCCACCUGCCUCCUCACCUACCCCGUCCCUCCACAACCUCAGCCUCAGACUCGGGCUCAAACACCUCGUACCUGUCCAACCUCCUCUCACACGACUUUCUCUCCCAGGGCUACGUCUACCUCAACCUGGCAUUCACGAUGGCCCAACUGCACCGUUUCAGCGUCACAGUCGGGUUCGUCCAGCGUGCUGUGAGGCAGUUUUCCGCGCGGUUAGAGCUGAGUCAGGAUGGGAAUCGGAUUCGAUGGCGCGGGAGUGGGAAUGGGAGCGGAAGGGCGGCGGGUACUGGGACGCAGCUGGGCAUGCCGACGCUCAAUGAGGACCAGGUUACGGAGACGUCGUCCCUCAGUUCGAGUAACCAGAGCCGACCGCUCCCUCGCGAAGGCCGCGAACCCUCGAGCAAGGACACGCUCGUCUCUGGCUCGAGCGGAGGAGACUCGACGAGUCGUAGUGGAGGCGCGGGAGGAGGAGGCGGAACCUCGUUGUUGAAGAACUCGCAGGCUGCGUCGAGUGGGACUGGAGCGACGUCGAGGUUCUCGUCGUCCGGGGGCAGUAAGGAGGGCGCGACUACGGGCAGGCCGGUCAGGCCGAGCGCGGCGGUGUUGCAGCCGAUGGACCGGUUCCACGGCGUCGAGGCGGAUGAGGCGGGAGCGGCGAAGGACACAUCCUCCGCCGACGGGCAGAGCGUCCUUUCCGCCACCAACUUGUACGAACACGACCGCCUCGACAGGGAAGAAGCGUCCGCCUCUGCUUCAGCCGGCGCUUCUGCCGGCGCAUCCGACAAAGCCCUACCGUCGUCCGCUCACAAGGCGCACUAUGACUCGUUCGACUCGACUGAUCCACGCCAGGUCAAGGGCGGGACGGGCACGCUCGUCUUUUACGGGAACGGCGUGUUCUGCACGGAUCUGUCGAAGGAGGACGAGCCUGUCACGCCCCCGCUCCUGCCAAAGGUUGCGGUUGAGCUGGAUGAGGCGCUCGGAACGGACGGCGGGAAGAAGGACUCGGACAAGGACGAGGGAGCCGGCGAGGUUUCGGUCGUUGCCGAGACGGAGGACUCGGACGUCGACAUGCUCGCUGUCAACGACGGCCUGAGCCCUCGGACCGAGCCGUCGGCGACGAACUCGGACCGAGACGGCAGCGCCAACUCGUCGCUUCUCCGUCUUCGCGCUUCAGGAAUGACGACCACCAUCCCCGCCGACCUCUUCACCGUCGUCGUCCAGACGCGCCACCACCCCGCAAAGCGCGGCUACCCCUUCCCCUCUCCCGACUCGCCCGAAAACGCCGUCAAUCGCCUCGCUACCUCCUUCCCGUUCUUCCCGCCCGACGCCAAGCGCAUCCGACUUGAUACGUACUCGCCAAGUGAGAUCGUCUCGACGAAGGAGAUUCUGCAUAACCCGAGGUCGAGGGAGCGCGUGCAGCUUGCGGGACUGGGUUUGUUGUCGGACGAUUCGGGCGGUGAGGGCGAAGAGGGCUUUGAUGGCAAAAGAGGCUGGCGGUAUGGUCACGAGCUCACCUCGUCGAACCUCGCCAAGCACGCUCGCGCUCGCCAACCUCCACCGAGUAUCUACAUCGCCCCUCCGGCUCCAUACCUCCCUCCCACUCCCUCACCUCCAGGCGACGACUAUCUCCUCUCGCUCUCCGCUCCCUCGCACAGCUGGGCGCCCCGCGAGUCCGGCUUCCACUCCUCCGCCGCUUCGUCCGGUCGCGGCUUCGUCACGUCCUACCUGCCUGGCGACCACCGUCGGCUCGUCGGACCGCUCUUUGUCGCGCCAGGCAGUGGCAUUACCGGCCUCAGCACAGGCGACGAGAAGCCGAUCAGCCUCGACGAAGCAGUCGAGGUGGGCGACGUUGCUGCCUCCUGA